AUGGCAUCACAGCUAGAGCAGCAGCCCACCACCACCACCACCACCCCCCAGCAGCCUCUCAUGAUGUACCCCUACAACGUCCCGGGGCAGCCACCGCCCACGUCCCGGCCCCACUCUGAUGGGUCCUUCGGGGGGGUCUUCAUAGUGCUCGCCGUGGUAGUCCUGGUGUCUGCCGUGGCUUGCUGUCUCGGCCGGUUCUGCGGUCGCCGCCACGAGAAGCCGAAGGCAGUGACCAAGAAAAAGGCAGUUAAGGCAGGGGCUGCCGCCAAGGCAGGGGCUGCCGCCGGCGCCGGUGGUGCUCGGUUCCCUAAAGAGGUCGAUAUCGAGUUUGGGUUCGAUCAUAAGAACCUGCGGACGGCCAAUAGGCCGGUCAGGUAUGGAGAGUACAAAGGGAACAACAACAGUAAACCGGGAUCAGAUGGUGGGUUUACCGUCGACUUCAAGAAAGGAAACAAGACGAUGCCUUCUAAUGACUAUGACUUUGACCCCAGGGUCGGCCCAUGA